AUGUCGUCCCCUGCCAAGCUGGACUCCCAGCUUGCUGAGCUGAAGCCGGCAGAGGCUAGACUUCUCCUCUGUUCUACCGUGUGCAGCGAUGGCAAGAUCGACUUCAAGAAGCUCGCCGCCAUGACUGCCAUGAAGAAGAAUUCUGCUAAUACCAACUACUUGCGUGCCAAGAAACACCUGGAGCAGAUCAUGAACGGAAAUCCCCUGUCUCCCACCCAAGCUGCCGGUUCCCAGUCUGAACAAGACGGUGACGCUGGUGCACCUGACGCUGAUGCACCUGGCGCUGAUGCACCCAAGGCUGGCCGUUCUGGCAAGCGCGGUGCGGCCAAAGACGCCUCGACCAAGAACUCUGAGCCUGCCAAGCGUCGCAAGACUGAGUCCAAGCCUGAGUCCAAGACUGUUUCUGAACCGGCCAAGACCAAGCCUGAGUCCAAGACCAAGCCUGAGUCCAAGACCAAGCCUGAGUCCAAGACCAAGCCUGAGUCCAAGACCAAGCCUGAGUCCAAGACCAAGCCUGAGUCCAAGACCAAGCCUGAGUCCAAGACCAAGCCUGAGUCCAAGACCAAGCCUGAGUCCAAGACCAAGCCUGAGUCCAAGACUGUCUCUGGACUGGCCAAGUCCACUCAGACAAAGGACACCGCUGAGACUUCCACUGCCGGCACUGCUGCCCAGACUAAGUAG